AAGUUUUUAAUGAGGUCAAGCUGAAAACGUGGGCGGUUCAAUUAUUUAUUUGCUUAAAAMACAAAAGUGGGCAUUAACAAGCAAUGAUACAUAGAUUAUCACUGUUCUGGAACGAUUCAUAAUUUCGUCCUUCAAAGAAUCAGAGAACGUUUCCUUGCACGUUCCGUCUUCCUCUUCAGAUAUAAUGUAUUUCUUGAUAUUCCUUGCUAUCACAUUAUACACAUUGUAUUACCUCAUUCAUGUUUACCGUGAAGCGUCGUCAAAGCUUCCACCAGGACCAUUUCCACUUCCAUUCAUCGGAAACCUCCAUCUCCUCUCCAGCAAGCCAUACCUGAAUAUGGCAAGACUAGCACGCAAGUAUGGCCCCGUUUAUCGUCUUUGGAUGGGAUGGAACCGCGUUGUUGUGAUUAAUAACUGCGCAUUUGCCAAAGAAGCGAUGCUCAAACGAAAGSCUGACUUUGCUGGAAGACCGGAGCACUAUGUGGGAAGCAUAUUUUCYAGAAAUGGUAAAGGCGUAGGCUUUCAGACCUAUACAAACAUUUGGAAGACGCAAACCAAAGCAAUCUCGUCAAAAAUUAAAGAGUACAUCCGGGAAAAUAAAAUGGAGCGUUUGAUUACCGUAGAGGUUAACGAGCUGAUAUCUCGCAUGGCCCAAACGCGUGGCGUAAACAUCAACACUCGAUCAGAUGUCACUUUUGCGUUUGGGAACAUUGUGUCCUCCGUGACGUUUGGAAAACGUUACGAGGACUCAACGGAUUUAGAGUUCUGGGAAUUAAUGCAUGCGCUGACCAUUUUCGUUGAGGGUCUGGCAGCUACAAGUUUUAUUGACGCGUUCCCCUUUUUGAAGCACUUUCCGUUCACAAUCAUCAAGGRGGUGAAGCAAGCUGCCARGGUUCGUGAUAGAAUCCUUAACAAAAAAUUAAACGAACAUAAAUUGGACUCCAAAAACCACAAUGUGCCGAACAAUUGUGACUUAACUGACACCUUAAUCAGUAUGACGCAAGAGGUAUCCCGCGAGAAUCCCGCGGGCAWUGAUGACCUUCUUGAUGGGCCUUUCAAAAGCAAAAUGACCWUGACCGCUGACCACAUUAUUAUGACAAUGAAUGAUACUAUUAUGGCUGGUAGCGAAACCCCAACGAUGAACUUUCUAUGGAUUUUAUAUUUCUUGGCCAAGUAUCCUUCGAUCCAGAGACGCAUCCAGCACGAAAUCGAUGAAGSAGCCGUUCCAGUUCUCCCGCCAAAAUGGGAUGACCGCCGGAGGUUUCCUUAUUUGGAAGCUUUCACCACAGAGGUUUUGCGGUAUUCCAGUGUCAUGCCCCUGGGGAUCCCCCACAAGACCAUCACUGAUACCUCAAUCGGUCCUUACAAGGUGCCUAAAGGUACUACAGUGUUAAUGAACAUAUAUGGCAUCCAUCAUGACCCUGAGGUGUGGGAGAACCCUGAGGAUUUCUUUCCCGAACGGUUCCUUGACGAAAAUGGUUCCUUCAGUGUUAAGCGCACUUCUAAUAUGUUGGCGUUUGGAAUUGGUCAUCGUUCGUGUCCUGGAGAAGCCUUGGCGAAGAUGCAGACAUUUCUKUUCACAUCUCACCUUUUGCAGAAGUUCAACGUGGUGGCCGAUAAGCAUGCUGGUCUACCU